GUCAUCCAAGUAAAUCCUACCACAAAUACUUGGCAUCCAAGUACAUACUACCACAAAUACUUUUUUAUAAAUAGGCAACAUUUCCUAGCAAAAUCAUCAAACAAAUUAUUACAGUACGUAAAUCCUGAAAAAUAAUAACUGUAAAAACUAGUUGAGAAAAAUGGAGAGCAAGAGUAUUAUGGUGAUGGUUGUGGUGUGCCUUGCACUGGCAGUCGGCACGGCCGCACAAAGUGCUAACGUGAGGGCAACAUUCCAUAUCUAUAACGCACAAAGUAUAGGGUGGGAUUAUAACAAAGCGAGUGUGUAUUGUGCAACAUGGGAUGCUAACCAGCCUUUGUCAUGGCGUCAAAAAUAUGGUUGGACUGCCUUUUGUGGUCCUGCUGGUCCUACUGGUCGAGCUUCUUGUGGCAAGUGUCUCAGGGUAACGAACUUGGCAACGAACGCCCAAGCAACAGUGAGAAUAGUUGAUCAAUGCAGCAAUGGAGGAUUAGACCUUGAUCAGAACGUCUUUAACCAACUAGACACCAACGGUCUAGGCAAAGCUCAAGGCCACCUACAAGUCAGUUACCAAUUUGUUGUUGGCUGCUAAACCAGACACUAUCUAAUGAGUAAUGACUUAUCUAGUCAAUUAGCCUAUGUAUCUUUGCUUAUGUUUUAUGUAAUGAUAUCUAAAUCAGCUAUUAUAUGAAUAAAAGGAUAUCUUAUUUUAUUGUAUAA